UGUGUGAACACAGACAUCGUCGGUCAUUCGAUUUCUGGUCAACCACUUCCGACAGAACCAAAACAAAAGGUUUUAAAAGGAAUCUACAAAAUAACAAAAUACGCGUCCACAUUCACCAGCACCAGCAACAGCAACACAAGAAGCAGAAGCAGCAGCAGCAGCAAUAUGGCCAAGGACUUGAGUACUCUGGGCUGGGAUUAUCUGAUGUUUGUGCUGUUCAUAGCACUCACCGUCUUGGGUCCGCUCUGGACACGCAUCUUUGGCAAGAAAAAGCAACGCAGCAAGGCCGAUUAUGUCUUUGCCACGGGCGGUGUAUCGAUUGUGGCCGUUAUGAUCUCGAUAGCACGCGGCACCCUCGGCGUGCGAUCGGUGCUGGGCUAUCCCAGUGAGUUGUUCUAUCGCGGUUCGGCCAUGUGGGAGAUAAUCUACGGCAUGAUGACCGCCUAUCCCAUUGUCUGCUUCAUGUUUGUGCCCGUGUACUUCAACCUGGGCAUCACCUCCGUCUAUCAGUACAUCGAUCUCAGGUUCAAGAGCCGCACCGUGCGGUGCCUGGCCUCGGCCACGUAUAUAGUGCGACAGAUCUGCAACCUGGGCAUCACCGUGUACACGCCGAGCGUGGCCCUGUCGACGGUCAUCGGGAUACCAUACUGGGCCAGCAUAGUGGGCAUGUCCGUCAUUUGCAUAUUCUUCACGAUUAUGGGAGGCCUGAAGGCUGCCAUCAAUGCGGAUGUCAUCCAGACCCUGACCAUUCUGGUCGUCACAUUGGCCGUCUGUAUCCAGGGCACCAUUUCCAGCGGCGGGCCAAAGAAGGUUUACCAGCUAAAUCGUGAGAAUGGGCGUCUCAGUUUCUGGAACUUCACCGGCGAUAUGACGGUGCGUGUGGAUACGCUUUCCGCCUGGCUGGGUCAGCUCUUCAUGUCCCUCUCGCAGAUUGGCUGCCAGCAGAACUUCAUGCAGCGAUAUGUGAGCUUGAAGUCCCUCAAGCAAGUCCGCCGUGUGAUGCUAAGCAAUGUGCCCCUGGUGUUCUUCUUUUUCGCACUGUCCUGGGUCUCCGGCAUGGUCAUCUAUUCAACAUACAUCAACUGCGAUCCGUAUGCCGAGGGAUACAUCAAGAAACCCGAUGAGAUUCUGCCCUUCUUCGUCGAAGAUCAGUUGGGCUUUCUGCCCGGCUUUGUGGGCAUCUUCAUGGCCACGUUGUUCAACGGAGCUCUGUGCAUGAUGGUGUCCAAUCUGAAUUCGCUGGCCACAGUUUGCUGGGAGGACUUUGUGUCGCAGCUGCCCAGAUUCAAGGGGCUCUCCGACAUGCAGCAGCUGAGGAUUCUCAAGCUAAUUACCAUCAUCUGUGGCCUGAUCAUUAUGGGCGUGGCCUUUGGAGUGGGCCUACUGUCGGGCGUCAUCGAGUCAUCGCUGCUCGUCUUCUCGGCCACUUCUGGGCCACUGCUCGGCUGCUUCGUGCUGGCCAUGAUGGUGCCGGUGGCCAAUUGGAAGGGCACUUCGGCUGGCAUGAUCUCUGCCUGCGCCUUUGUGCUCUGGAUCAUUGGCGGCUCCAUGACCAUCGACAAAACUAGUCCCAUGCUGCCCACAUCCACGGAAGGCUGCUCCAACCACAGCUUCUCUCAGUCCAUUGCCAAGCCGAUCCUGGAGAUGGAACAAAUGCCCUGGCUGUUGACACACACGCCCAUCGAUGGCUACAACCAGACCACCCUGCUGGAGACGCCGCCCAGCAUUGCGCCCGAACGCACAUCACUGGAGACGUUCUACUCGAUCAGCUUCAUGUACUACAGUCUGAUUGGAACCGCACUGACAGUGGCUAUUGGAACAUUGAUCAGCAUGCUGACCCAGCAUCCCGACGAUGAGUACGAUGCCAAGCUGCUGCAUCCCAUCAUCUUCAGGUGCUGGGAACGGUUCUCCGGGCCCAAGCCCUACUAUGUCAAGCACGAGGAGGAGUCCGGGCUGAAUGGGCGCAACAGCAGCGAUUCAUCGGCCACCACAACAACCUGCAAGGAGGAGAAGGUCAACCAUGCCUUCGAGUCGUCACCGGACGAGGCACACAUCCACAACGAGAAGGCGAAGAGCAACCCCAUUGCGGUGGUCUUUACCAGCUCGGGCAGCGGGCAGGGCGUGGGCCAGCAGUCGAUCUGUGACACCAGCAAAGUGCAGCUGGACACUGUGCCGCCGGGCGAGACCGGCGUGUAUCGGCAGCUCGGCUCUGGCACCAGGGCGGCACUCUGAGACGAAUCUAUUGCUGCCCCCCAUCAUAUCGUCAUCCCAUCCCCGCCCCACCCAUCGUACUUACCGAAAAAUUAGUCUUUAGUUCGUAAGCUAAGCAUUAGUCUAGACCAAUUAAUGAUAGAAGUGUUUCAAGUCUAUAAAGAUGCUGUGAUUAUCGUACAAGAAAGAGUAUGCAAAUUGCAAUAUUGUUGAGCAAUAUUCAAUGUGUGUACAUUUGUUGUAGCCAACUCGAGUUUUAUUUAUGUGUACUUAUGCACGUAUUUAUGUGCCGACGAAUGUAGCUCAGACUAAUACGAAAUUGUGUGCAAUAAUUAAAUAAAUAAUACUUUAAUACA